AGACUAUUGGCAUCGACAAAGAUGUGCCGUACUUGCUGAACAUGAACGAGGAUCCUGCUUUGUCAGGGAAGAUGAUGUACUUCCUCCCACUGAGGCAGCCCAUCACAAUUGGUGCCAAUACUGAGAACAAGAUUGUGCUACAGGGUCUGGGGAUGCCAGAACAUCUCUGCGAGAUUGAGAACCUCCCAGAGGGUGUGGUGGUCAGCACCUGCCAGCAGCCAGAAACUGGACAUCCCGGCUUGAGCAUGAAGGCUCGAGUGUGCGUGAACGGCUCUGCCAUGAAGGAGAACGAGCGAAGGAAGCUCAAGCACAAUGACAAGCUCUUCCUGGGCCGUGUGUCGGCAGUGAGGCUUAUCGUGCCUGAGGCAGCACGAUCGCUGGGGCAGGCCGGCUCUGCCUUGCCGGAUCGUGAGCAGGACGCAGAGCUUCUUCGUUCUGUGAUCCCCGAGGAUAGCCGGGCCUGGGCUGAUCUCCAACUGCGGCUGGAGGAUAUACGGUCCAGACUUGGUGAGGAAUCUGGGCAGGAGGUCUUUCAAACUUUGCUGGAAGCUUCCAAUCUGGUGGACGAGGCGAACGAGAUCACUGCGGCAGUGCGGGAAGAAGAGAAACUGAAAUUUGAGGUGGAGCUCGUUUGGGACAUUCAUCGAGCUGGUGCUGCCACCGACACUGUGGUGAUUCGCCUCAUGAAGGCAAAGGAAGAUGAACAUGACGAGGAGAAGUCACCAUCCUCCCAGACUAGCGAAGCUGAACACGUGGCAGUGACCUACUGGACCCUUUUGAAGUUCAAGGCGCGCUUGGACCAAAUGCGUGACUGCUUUGAUGAGAAGCAGAGACAUGGCAGGUGGAGUGGCAGUGGGGAUUGCCUCCGAGAUCCCUGGAUGGAGCCGUCCAUCGUAGAGCUGCGACAGCGGCUCAUUGCGCAUGUGGAUGCCGAAUCAAAGCGGAGGAACGCCAGCAAAGUUACCAUUCCGAGCGUCCCGCUCUCACCACGGGAGAAAGAAAAGAUGAUGAUGUCAAAGACGGUGAAGGCAUUGCAAGGAGCCUCUCCUGGGGUACGCUUCGGCUCAAAGGCCUCAAUCGUCUCCGCAGAGUCGCCGAAGACUCCCAAUCUCCAAGCCAGCCGAGAAUUGAACAAGGCGCGUCCCCAACAGACCUUGGGCCGCCGCUUUGCACCAAAAGGUAUUGAGGUGACCACGGCUGUGCCAAAGAAGGUGCCCAGGGUGCCAAGCACAUCAAGCACGGCCACCAUACCGACGGUGCAGGCUGAGGAGCGAAAGGUUGCACGACCUCCGCCAGAGAUGCAGAAUGGGGUCACGAAGGCGCCCAAGCUACUCCAGGAGAAAGGCGUCACCAUCUCCCACCAGGUCCAAUACCAGGUGAAUGGGGCUUUCAAGGAGGAACUCAGCGAGUCUUUGAAGGCACAGCUGAGGGAAAAGAACGAGAAGGAGGAGUUGUACCGCCUCAGGAUAGAGUACCUGCAGCAUCAGAUUGAUCUCUAUCAGACUGCUGGAGCAGUUGAGCGCUCUCCGAGGGUGUGUGCAAGAGCAAGAAGCUCCAGCCCCUCGCAUGAGCCUCGGACCUCGGAAGUCGAGGGCGUCGAGGGCUCGCAGCUCUCGGCAGCCGCGACGUCCUUCUUCGCUCCAAGGAAUGGGAACACUGCAGUGCGUUCCAUGUCCGCGCGGGAGGCUGGCGCGAGACCAUUCUGGGGAGCUACUCCAGGCUCUCAGGAGGUCAAGGAACCCUUCGCGCUUCGGGGCCUCAUCUCUCCUCGAGCUGUAGCCGAGCCCGUGGGACCACCUGUGGUGCAACUCCGUGAGCCUUGGACCCAUUCUCCUGAGAGAGAUGGUCGCGAUCCGCACCCGCAGCUGCGGCCCUUGGCCAGCGCGAUAUCUCCAGCGGUGGUCGGCCAUGCCCACAACGUGCAACCGAUCUACACGGUGGCCCCACCCGUGGUGGUCCUGAGACCCAAGGUCCAGAACUGGACAAGUAAGUUUUCUACUGCUCCAAGAGGAACCUCUUGCCGUGAGAACCUCACCGAUGCGAGCCGUGCUGCCUGAAUCGCGGGCAGAUUCGACAGGUCUCACCGUUCUCACCUAAGUGCAGAUCCAAAGGUACCUGAAAGUGAUCGGUCGCCGCUAGCCCGCGUUGCGCGUGAUGGGUGCGUGAAGCACUGCUGCAGCACAAAAGCAUUUUGCAUGUUGUGUUUUGGAUUGUCGAAAGAUGCCACCAUGCUCUGAGUAGCACAAAUUGCCAACGAUUUUGCCCUGGAUUGAUAAUUACAAAACUUCAAGGUAAAACUUUGCUGCUUGCGCGCUUUGCUUUUGCAGCUAGAGGCGUGUCUGCAAGAACCUUUCCAGCUGAGCCGAGCAAAUAUCCUCAGCAUCUGCACAAAUCCAUUUCAAGAGUCUCAAUCGCCUUCUCCUCCAGUCAUGUAGCUUUGAUUGGGUGGAGUGCGGGGAUUUUGAUUCAGUUGGCAGUUGCCAGCCCAUGCUGCAUGCAUGUUCCC